AUGGCGGAAGCAGGGCUAACCAACUUGUCUGUGCCUAGGUCGUCGGCCAUGGCACGUGCGGUGCACCCCAGACAGGCCCCUGUGGACUUAGACAUAUACCAAAGCUCCUACAUGGUCGACUAUCAGCCCUACGGGAAGCACAGAUACACCAGAGUCUCACAGCAGGAGCAAGCGAAGGUGGACACCCAGCUCAGGGAAAAAGAAUUUUAUAAGCCCACCCCCAACCCCUACCCCAAGCUAGAAGAUGGGUACCCUGCCUUCAAGAGACCUUACAUGAAUGCCAAAGACCUGGGGCAGAGCAGCUUCUUCCCGUCGCUGGACCCCAUGAGCACCGAGGACAAAUACAGGUUCCGCUGCACCUGCCCCUCCAGGUACCAGGCUUUCCACGCUCUGCCCCUGGCCCCGGGCCGACUGGACCGCAGCCACCAGAGUGCGGCCUUCCCGUGCCUCCUGGAGCCGGAGCCCCAACCUGCUGCAGAGGACCGCAAAGGCUACUUCCUGCUGCCGGGCUGCCCCUGUCCUUGCCACCCCGCGGUCAAGGUCCCCAUCUUGACCCGAUGGGGCCCCUUACUGCCGUUUUACCAGUAG